ACCGACCGUACCGAGCGAAUUACGGCUGGCGUGCACGGUUCAAACGUAAAUCUUACGCCAAGCCAGAAACUUGUGUAUCGAGCGGCACUCCGUAACUUCGGGCUGGUAGAAAACGGUCGGUCGGUCGGUCUGUAACCAAUAGAGCUAAGCUGAGAGUCCAAGUGGUUUUGCUAGGAGAUUAUGUAGAACACGCUAGGAACUCACGUUCCACACACCCCGCAGACUAGAUCGGUGGAGAUCUGCUGGUAGGCUAGAGAGUGCGGGCGCGAUCGGGCCGCUGAAAAGAGUGGUUUUUCAACGUCGUUCCUUUUGCUUGCUUUCUUCUUCGGUGGGCACUUCUUAUGGCGGCGGGGCUGCCGGAGGCGCAUUGGAGUUAUUGUAGUACGCGCAUUCCGCGACCAGUUGCAGCCAGUUGCCGUAAAGCAGAUCGCGUUAGUCACCUGUGAACGCUUGAAUCUGACGCAUCGUUGUCAUCAUCGCGAAACGUUGGCGCUCCGGAGUUUGUGGAUCCUCGCGCGCGAAUAUUGGAACAUUCUGCUGUUGGGAACAGUGUGGUUUGAAUAAACGGGAUCAGUUCCAAUUAGUGUGUCUGUUUUGGUUCGAGUUUCGUUUAGGUAUUUUGUUGGGUUUCGUCGGACUGGAAGCCGGAUCUAUCUGGUGGAUGUUUGAGAGUGUGAUUAAACUGUAGAGAUCUAGCAGUUUUUCUUGGCUUGAUUGUUAUCUUCGACUAAUGUUCAUCGACGAGAGUUGCAACGAUUCUUAACACUUAAUGCACACAGAGUGAAGGGGUACAACACGUUGGUAGUUGGGCGUUGCGCGGAAGAAAAAAGUGUGCUUAUGAGCGAAGGAAGUGCCGUUAGAUUUUUGCGCCGUUGCAGGUCGUGAAUCACGCGCCGUGGGCCGUAAACGUAAGCCCGCCGAGCCGAAUUCGUAAUCGGUGCAAUUUUGUACAUAUUUUAAUGAUUUAAUCCAUCAGUGCUAAUUUUGGGGAGUUUUCCUCUCGAAAAGAAAAAAAAAAGAAAGGAGAAGGGAUUGUGCAAACUUUUGACCCAGAACCAAUACCGAGAGGGGCUUUUGAUAGCAGCGCAUCAAGAAAAUUGAUCGAACGAUUGGAGAUGGGGAUUUAAAAAAUUUUGGCCCGAAACGGACGAGGAAAUUAUCGUGCCCAGUUAAGGGAAAUUGUGCCAAAUUAGUGAAUGACCGACCGGUGGAUAAUGAAAUAAUUCGAGAAAUUGUUUCCAAGAUGCGUUCGCAUGAAUUAACCAAGUUGUGAGUUUAUGCAUCCCAUGCUAGCUGAUGGCGUUUCUUCUGCUGGGAGCUGACCCACUUCGUUCCCCUUAGAGUGUGUGGAGCACAAGCAUAAUAGAUCCGUAUAUGGGGUGAAAUAGAGUGCGACUAAAACAUACAACUGCAGUCCGGACGAACGAAAGUAUCUUGUGCGAAGCCCCCGCGAAGUAAUUGAUAUGAUAAAACAUACGAGUGGAAAAAAGUGAACUACAGAGGGAUAAAACAAGUUAACAGUUAAUUGGAAAACAACGUGUGAGGAUUCCCAGUGAAGUUAAUACACAGUGAAACGUGGAAGUUGUCCAAAAUUGUGCACACAGUGGACGGAUCUGGAUCUGGAUCAUUUGCUGAACCUGAAGCCCGAUAGCCGAAGGAAUUGAGAUUCAAUCAAUCAGGAUAACUCUCGCCGAAUGGAUUUGAAGGCGCCAGGAAAUGAGAAAAUCCACCCAUCCGAAAGAUAAAACUAAAAAAGUUGGACACCACAAACAAAAUGACAAUAAUAUUGCAUCGCCAGCAUCAGAAACAUCCCCAAUCGCGAAAGCAGCUGAAGCAGUUACAACUCCAUCGGGACUAACCGACCCUCGCCGGUACUUAGAGGAAAAUCGAUUUACCGUGUGAAACAGUGCGUAAAUAAGAUAGAAAAAAAACUCCACCGAAUGUCUGCGGAAAAUUUCACCUCCAUCCCGACGAUAUUCAGCACCGAACUGGCCAUUCGUAGUUAGUUCCCGUGCAGUUUUAAUUGUUCAAUUGUGUUAACGCUGCUUCGGCAGUUGGUUUAUAGUGUUAAAAUUUUCGUUACUUGUUAGUUGACUAGUGUUUAUAUUGGCCGAGAUGAAAACGUUACGAAAUUUAGGAUUGCUCAUUUCGACGCUCCUGCUCGUCAACUAUUCAGUGGCUCAGUGCCCCUGGCAGCGGGAGGUGCCCGAUCUGCAAACUUCAUGUCUAUGUGCCUAUAACCUCGGACAGGAACUGUCCGUGCAAUGUGAUCAAGUCGAUUUUCCAACACUGGUUGAAGCCUUAGAUAAGUACGCGCGAUCGACGCCCCUCGAUCUGCUGUACGUCAAUAAUUCGACGAUCGAAAAAUUGGAAGCAAAUGUCUUCGAAAACCUGAAACUGUUCAACGUACAGCUAAGCAGCUGCGACAUCCGGCGGAUCGACGAUAUGGCCUUCAAAGGUCAGGAAAAUAUCCUGAAGAACUUGAACCUGCAAGAUAAUCUACUUGACGAGGUUCCCAUCCGGGCGUUGAAGAUUCUUAACAUUCUAAACCUGCUCGAUCUGUCCAAGAACAGAAUCCAUACAAUUCCCAACGAUGCCUUCAACGGCUUAGCCAAACUGUCAACGCUUAAGCUGAGUGAUAACAAUGUCACACUGGCUCCCUAUGCCUUUCGAGGGCUUGAGAACAGCCUGAAGAAUCUGAAUCUUAAGGGUACCAAACAGAAGCGAGUUCCGGAAGCAGUCCGUGGGCUUAAGAUGCUUGCCUUCCUGGAUCUGUCUCAGAACGGUAUCCGCGAGCUGCCGGGAAGCGCUGGAACGCGUACCUUCGAAGGUUUGGAGGCUCUCACAGCUCUGAAUUUGGAGCGAAAUCUCAUCCAAACUCUCGGUGAGAAUGCCUUUUCCGGUGUACGAAAAACAUUAAGCUCGUUAAGUUUGCUGAAUAAUCUCCUAGCGGAGUUCCCCGUCGGUGCUAUCCACUCGCUACGUGAGCUGCGAGUACUGGACAUUGGUUUCAAUUUGCUAACUGCCUUGCCGGAAACAGCAUUCCGUGGUAAUCCGGCCGUUACACUCCUAGCCCUCGAUGGCAACCCACUUCCAACCGUGCCUGAAAAAGCUCUGCUCCAUCUGAACCGAACAUUGCGGGGCCUAUCGCUCGGCGGUAGAUUCCUGCACUGUGACUGUAAGCUACGCUGGGUAGCCGAGUGGAUUCGAAACGGUGAUUUACAAGUCACAUCCCGCGAACGCAACCCACAAUUCUGCGGAUCUCCGAAUCGCUUCCGAGAUCGAGGUUUCUACUCUAUACAACCGGAGGAACUUACCUGUCCGGACGCUGAAGUCAGCCUGGACGGACCCGUAGGUGUUGUAGACUCACUCCUCCCAAAAACAACAACUCCACGGUCGUCAACAUUCCUCACAACUCUUCCACCGACUUCGGUAGAAACAACGAAUACUACAAGCAGUAGUACAACUGCACUAUCAACGACCUUACCGACAACGACACCCAUUGCGUCAUCCUCUUCCCAGGAAACAAUCCAACCAAGUUCAACCACCGACACCACCACCUUACUAACAACCACAGCGCAAUCAACGACUAAACAAAGCACGACGACAACCACCAAAGCCAGCGUAACGAAGAACUGGCGCAACAAUAACAAUUCACCUCCACACAAGCAACGGCCACCACUGGUGCUGGGAUUCCCACCACAACGAGGCACUCAGAUCGAUGACACCAAAGAGGUUCAGGUUAAAAAUGCUUUCAGUUCCAGACAGGACAGCUCGGUCAUCAUCCAGUGGGACUCGGACACCGCCAACAUUCUAGGCUUCCGUGUUGUUUAUCGUCUCUUCGGCGAUAAGAGCUUCAAACAAGGACCACCCCUAGAAGCUAGCGAGCGGGAGUUCAAAAUCAAAAACGUCCCAACGGCUGAGUGCAUCAUUGUGUGUGUCGUGUCCCUGGAGGAAAUCAGCGUUACGCCGGACAACGUGCCUUACAGCCAGUGUCGCGAGGUGCGAACAGUCGCAUCACCUGCAUCCAACAUGGACAAGAUAACGAUCGCCGCCAGUGCUGCCAUCUGUGGUACGAUUGCGAUUGCAGUGAUCGUUUUCAUCGCCGCUACUAGGCGGCAACGGAAACGGCUGCAGUCGAUGUCGCAGCAGAAGAGUGCCCUGCCGAUUGCCGGACUGCCAGUUAACUGCUGCGGACCAACGCCCAGUCCGAACGGACCGCUAGGAUCGCUGGCCACCCUGUCGGCGUUUAACUCCCACAAGGAUUGGGAUCAAGUCUCCGCAUACAGUGGCCGUUCGAUUCCCCGGCCGCGGAUCUAUCCGAUGGAGAACCAGGCCAUUCCGGACGAUCUGCGAAGCCACGUGUCGCACUUUUCGGCCGUCGGUGGCAAGGUGGGCAAGGCUCGGUCCAUUGCCGACGGACAGUCGCACCACAGCUUCUCCAAUCACUCGCAGCGGGGCUACCUCGGAUCGGCGUUCCCCAGUAACCUCGUGAACUCUCGACCAGAAAUUCUUACAGAGCUCAGACAAUCCCGUCAAUCGCUGGCCGCCGCCUCGGAGCGAAUGUCGAGGGCAUCCUACGCCGGUUCGAUUGUGCAUGGCGGCCCGGCGCACAGUAUAGCAUCCAGCACGCGGAGAACGAGACCGAGGUCACGUUCGCGGGAGCAGCUGAACGGAACGCACAUCCACACGCACCAGCAUCGUCCCGGCAGUCGCUACUCCACGGCGGGUUCGACGCACACGCUCAACAACUACUGCGACACGUCGGACAACUGGACCGAUCACGACAUGGACAUCUACAUGACCCGCAAUCCGACGGCCCGGAACGGCGGCAUGGUGCCAUUAUGAGAGUCACUCUACGACAAUUCCUGAUACCGCGACAACGUAAUGGCUGACGGAGGCGACGGCGGCGGCGGCGACGACGACGACGACGAUGACCAACCAACCCACCCCCUGGAUCGGUUCUGACAGCGACUGCCACCACCGGUGGCCACACAGGAUCCAGCCUCCGCACUGGAACUAGAUCCUCGCCGGUGGUGCCGCUGUGAAAACGAACCGGAUAUUUUGGAACAGCACUAUCACUAUCCGCUGCAGCAUCCGACCAGUCUACAGCUAGAACAACUACAGCAGCAACAUCACCACGGUGAACCGCCACCGGACUACGAAUCCGACGAUGGGAUGCAGGAAGCUGGUAGUCGUACCGUGCUGAUGGUGGGAUUGAACAGCUCGUCGUCGUCUGCGUACUGCAACGGUGUCCAAGCGAGUUCCAUUCCCGCUGGAGGAAUACAAUCUGGUCGUGAGACCAGUUUCGUCGAGUGGGAAAACUAUCGGAACCGAAUGAAGGAGAAUUUACACUACUAGGGGUCGAAUCGAUUGUUCAUUUCGUGUGAGUUUAGUUUAGGUUCUCCUCUUGUUGCAGCGCUUGGAACAUGGGACUCGUUAUUAGAAAGAGUCUGAGACACACAUGAAGAGUAUAUUUUUAUUACGAUUUUUACAUUUAGCUUAGCGUACGGAGAGGAAAACGGCGGAUAGGAUACAUAGGAUAUUAGGAAAGGAAAAGUGAAAGUCACCGAGGCGCCAGAGGGAUGUGAUGUUAUUUAUCUUGUUCGCUUCCUGUUUGGCAACACCUGUUCAAUUUCUCGUUCUGAAUGUGUUCGGGACGGACCGGUUUCAACAUCAUCAUCAGGAUGAUGAGGAAAAUGUGUAUUUUAUAGCUUUUUAGAGAAAUUUUUAUAGUCGUUUAGAGAUCCAAUAUUUCAUCACGCGAACGAUGGAUGAAUGAGUGAGUACAUGUGAAUGCUAUGGAAAAUAGCGCUAUUCGGUAGAAUUCAGUAGAACGUUAACAAUUUUUCCACUUUGAUCCCACCCGAAUCGUGUAACACGUGUUUUUGUGCAUCAACCGACGACGAAUCCAUUCGUGCACAUACAUAUUGCCGACGAGUUGGGCCAGGUUGAGUGCCACCGGCACACUCCUCCGCUCGUUAUUAAUAAUUUAUGAACCCAACGAAACAAUAGUCAAAUUUUUAUGAAAACAUAUCAGCGACCAACAUGGAAAAAAAUGUCGACUCAUUGAAAAGUAAGCACGAAAUUAUCAUAACCGAUCAUAACAUGCGAACACCACGAUUUUUACACGUUAUCAACAAAUAAACGACCGUAAAAAUGGCAAUUUCCAGAACAACUCCACGGGGAAUCCUGUAAAUAUCAAUUAAGUUUAGGUAAUCCACCGUGAAUUUCCCGGUCGUCUGUUCACCGGUUAUCCGACAAAAAAAAAUAACCCGCAUGUAUGUGGAAAAACACUAAUAUAAAUGAAUUAAAAGCUUCAGAUAUAACACACUAGGCAGGCAGACCAAUUCAGUAUGGCCAAGAGCAUUAUGCUUCCGGAAUGCAAUAUUCGAAUAAAUUGAGUAAAUAAACCAAAACCUGCACAAAUACACAAUAUAUCGUAUCGGGCAUUGGGGACUGCACAACCGACGACGGAACAAUACUCCUCUAAAAUUGCAUGUAGAUUGAAUUUGCACAUCCCGGAGCAAAACAGCGAAAGACAAAAAAAUAAAGGGGACGUAUGCACCAUUGUGAAGAACUACCACGUUUCAAUCAGACUAGAUAUCUUUCUACUACUAAUCGAGGCGCAAAGAUUAUUUAAAUUACUAUCACUACUAUGCUCGCAACUAAUUAUAACUAACCUAUUAAGUUCGAAAAUCAAAACGAAGUUUUCCGCUAAUUUUCACUCUAGGCUUUGAUCUGUUAAAGCUCUUUUGUAGAGUGUUUGCUUUUUUCGCGAAACAUUAGUUCCUAAGUCACUAUUUCAAUCCUCGCUUUCUUUGUUUCUAAUCUGCGUGUUUAUUUUCUGUCUUACGUCUUAUUACUUGUUAUCAUAUUUGUUCUCAAUAAUGUCGUAAAACACAUCGAUCAAUGAGGCCCGAGAUUGGGUAAAAUAUGGCCCCCCUAACAUUAUUCAUACACGUUUUGAUUAUUACCAACCUUUAAACAGGAAAUAUCAAAAUAUCAUGAAUUUGCAAAGAAAUUUUAUCAAUCUACAGCGGCUUGGGUAAAGGUGCCUUUGGAAUAUUUAGGUCUAUAAAUGAGCAAGCUUUCUGUAUGCGAAAGACGAAAAACCGGGUAGGUAAUGUCAGGGACAUAACCGGAGUGAAGUAAAAUAACGUUAAGACCUUAAUUGAAAUUCAACAGAGCUAUUUGAUAUGUUAAUAAAAGAUCAACAGAAUUUUUAGUUUCGCCUGACAUUUUAUAUUAUUGUUGAAUAUCAAAUAUAGUCAAAAUCAAGUAGAUGUUAUAUUUUGUAUUUUAAGACUGAAACCAAUUGGAACACAAGUAUCCAAUAAGCAUUAAAAAGUAGCGUUUAAUCUGAUUUGGAGACAUAGGCCACUUUUAAAGUUAAUCAGUUAAGCUCUAUAUCCUUGUUUAAUGUUGAUAUAAAACCAGAAAAGACGAUACAUUGUGCUCAUAUUAAAUCCACACUUCGUGUACGAUACAUUGUACUCAUAUUAAACCCACACUUCGUGUACGAACUCAAACACGCUAUUUCGUACCAAAACACGUGCACAUGUUCGUCUGCACAACCGAACCCCAUGUACGCACACGGUGUGCGUACACAUAGGUUCGUGGCACCAGUUUUCUCUUUCUCACGCUCAUCAUCACUAUCGUUGACUCUUUUUGCCUUGUGCGAAUUGUUGUCGUGUACUCGCCCGGUGUAUGUACACGGAUGUUUGAACUAGAAUUUUGUACAUCGUUCGCUUAGGUUCGAUAUUCGAGGCAAACACAUGUACAUCGAGACGAAGCAUGUUUGAGGUUGAACGCACGCACGCAAUUUUGAACGCAGGUACAAACUUGUUGAUGUUCAUGGGAAGACUGGCUAGAAUGACAGCCCGUUUUCUGCAUUACUAAUGCUAUUACAGGGCAACAAUGUAGAACUGUCAAAAUUGAAAGGCUGUUAUCCGUACUACUUAUGCUAUCAGACACCUUCGAAAUGCUGCCAUUUUUCGUAAGAUGUGACGGCACUUUCUAAUAUUUCCUUUUCGAUACGAAAAAAAGGGAGUUUAUGAGUUUUCCGUUUAAUUCCACUAUCUAUAUUACAAUAGAAUGCAUUUUCACUUCACUAUCGAUACAGAUACUAGUAUUUCGACUACGACUUACUUGUGGGAUUGCUCCAAUCUUUAUAUCAGAUAACGUGAUCGGCAGAUACCGCGUCGUCGACAGUUUUUUACAGGUAGCUAAUAUUUUGGAAAGCCAUAAAUAUCUGUUGCCUUAAUCUCAUUUAGUAAAGACGGAGAGGAAUGUAUGAAAAUUUCCAAGCUUCCAGUUACAUCUAAUUUCCAAGGGUCGGAGAUUUGACGUUGAAUUUUAAUAUAUUCAGUAGUUACAGGUCCUGUUUUACGGAAAAUGCAAGUUCCGCUACCGUAGAUUUGAAGUGAAAUGGUAAAUCUUCAUCAGAUUCCCUAGAAGCUUUCGCUAGUUCUACGACAUGCUACUUGAACUUCUGAUACUUUGUAUACACCCGAUUCGCUCAGUGUUUCUAUCGGAUCUUCGGUGGAUCCUAGUACUGAUUCUAGUUGGUAGAUUCUACUACUGAAAACGAGGACCAUAGCAAACUUUUUUAAAUUUUGUUCCUAGGUGGAUAAGCCGUAUUUUUGUUGAGGUCUACUGCUAUCCUUGUCGAACAUUCAAUUUUUGGAGCUAAGGUUGUGAGAAACAACGACGAAAUAUAGUAUCAAGGUUACAGUGUUGUCUUGGGACAACUCGAGGCCCAUAAGUAGUAUUGAAGUAAGGAGUCCCAAUUUCGCCAACUUUGUUAGUGGUGCUGGUUGUUGACUUGGAGAUACUGGGCGCGAUCGUUGUUGAGUGGAUAUUUUUUUACUGCCAGAUCCGAAGAUAUUGAUUUUCCAGCCCCUUGUGGUUUAACAUGGGAUGAUUGCUGUUUUAGGUUAUAGUAAACUGACUCUCUUUAGUUGCUUCUGCGCAAGGCUUUCCGUGGUGUAGUGCCUCAUUGCAGAAGUGGCAUGUAGGAAUCCGCCCUGGGUGCGUGACCAGCGUAGUCUGAUUAAACAUCCCAUUUUCGGAAGAUCUGCAUAAAAUAGUUACGUAUGAAAGGAUUAGUUUUAUUGGUCACAUUAUCACCACAGAAAUACUGUUAGGCGCACGCGGGUAGAAGUUCCAUCAACUGUCAGAUGUGACGUUAUCCACUUCUCCGGAGCUCCUGUCCUCCAUAGAUCCAUGACAUUAAUUGAGGAUGAAGAAUUCCUUGACCAAAAAGGAGAAAUGAUGGAAUAUAGCAGGUUUUAUGUAAAUUCACCAUUUGAGCUCCGUUGUCAGGGUCAGCAAAUACGCACAUCAUAAUGGGUUUUAAUGUUGUUUUCGCAAACAACAUGCUCAGCUAUGAAUAACUUGUUAAAUUCUUCAAGUAAGACGAUUGUUAUACGUAAAAACUGUCUUUAUUAACCUCGCAACUACAAUACGUCAACAGAUGCAAAUCUUCGCAGAUAGAUGGACAAAUUUUGCUAUUUUAGAAACCUAUCGCUGAAGUAACAUUUUUGAUACACACAACACGGUCCAAAUAUGACAAUUAGUUGGUGUCUAUUCCGAUCGUUGUUUAUUUGUGCUAUCAUAAGAUUUUUGGAGAUUUCUACUCUGUCCUCGAAAUUAUCGCACCAUAUGCAAUCGUUAGUAAUUCCCUUUCCGAACAAAGCAGAGUUACAAAAUUUUGCUAAAAUAUUGUUGGACAUGAUAUGUUUAUGUUCUAUAAAUUUCUUUGCAUAGUUUUGUACAAAAAGGGAACCAGAGAAGCGUAUGUAAGAAAAUUCAGCUGGCACAUUGCAAGAAUCCGACAUUAUCCCAUCGCAUAUUUGAAGAAAGGCACUAGCUUAUACACACCACGAUUUUAAGCGUGCCGCAUUGGUCAGUAAGUAUUUGGUUUAGCAAGCAAUCUGCAGUUGCGGCAAACGAAGUCAAAUUUUUGUCAGAGCCACGACUGAAAAUCAGCAAACUUUUUGAUGAUUUGAUUUGAUAUCAUAUUAUUAUGAAAAAUUAGUUUUGGAGUGGUAUCGAGUGGUAUUUUGUGCUCAACUGUGCAUCGCGCUUUCGAAAUAGAGAUGAAUGCUGAUUACGGAUACAUUCGUUUCAACCCUCACAAUUGUUUGUGUUUAUUACGAAGAAUGAUGCCACUUGAGCAGAUCGCUUGCCACACUUACUCUGUUUGACCAGCUUCGCCAUCCUGAUCACUCUAAUGUCUUCUGGAACCUAGCACGGUGUUAUAACAUUGAAGUCCAAAAGUUUAAACAUACCUCUUCUAUCAUCUAUUAAAGUACAACUUCAUAGCCCUCUCACCAAUACCUUGUACGUUUUCCUCCUGAUUUCUAUUCUUUUGAGUAGUCUUUGUUUGCUGUUGGUUUUUGUACUGUUCCUCUUUUUGAUAUUUUGUACUGUCCCAAAACGUUCAUGUUUUUAGCAAAGCAGAAAGCGACUUCUUUUAAGUCAGUAAAGCUAUUGCCACUUUCACAGAUUAUUCUGUAUUUCAAAGCUUUAUUCAACAAUUUUUGGUCUGUUCCGUUCCAGAUUUUCGGCACAUUCAAGAAAAUUUCACAGAUUACUACAGAUUUUUGUGAAGGGGGGGGGGAUAUAUAUAUACCACAGAUAACUUACAAAUUUCAUACAUAUGAUUAUAUUUUUUCUGUUCUAGGCAUAAGAAAUGUUAAAAAGUUUUUUUACUGCAGGGUUGUUAAUACGACAAAUUCAACGCUAUCGUUUGAGCGCAAUAUAAUCGAAUCAAAAACAUUUCCGUUAAAUUAAACGGCAUUGAUUUUCGAUUCAUGCGCUGAGAUGAAACUGUCCAAUUCCGGUUUAAUUACAGUAUCAGAAGCUGGAUCGAGACCACUUUGAUCAGAUUAUAAGUACAAAGACGUUCACUAAAUCACCGUGGCGUUUUUUUGUUGUAGAAAUCUUGGGCGCAGUUGUGCGUAUCUACGCAUAUUGCAUGUUCGCCUUUGUGUACUACGGCGAGGGGUACGAGCGUUUGUAGGUUAACAAGUAUAUCACGUAUAUUUGUAUUUCGCGUGUAUAAAUUCGUUUUUAUAACAGUGUUGCGUGUUUUCUUGAAUGAUCGCGCGGAUCCCGAAUAUGAUACUAAAUUUUCAAUGCGCGGUUCAGAAGCUAGAAGAGAAUGAGUUCCUCCGUAUCACUAAAGUUCCCGGUCACGUCACCAUGAAAGAUGUUGUCUAGUGGAUAUAAGUGUUAUUUUUUGAUUUGUUGCUCGGACCGGAAGUAGAAACUUACGGACGCGACCGAUUCAUUAUCGUGGGAACACGAGCGUUUGUAGAUACACGUUUGAGACCGCGUUUUUAAAUUGUAAGUGCUAAACGGUUCACUUUGUCACCGGGGUGUUAUCAUGUUUGGAAGAUCGCGGGCGUAAUUAUGCGUGGAUCAUAGCGAAGGGCUGCCAAAAAUCAUCUAAUAACUUGCCAUCUUCCGGAGUCCUGAUAGCGGAUACACCAAGUUUAAAAGAGUUCAAACCCGAGCUCAUCGCAAAGUCCAGCGCACCUCCAGAAAGAACUUAGCUCUAAACCCAAUUUGUACAUUAUUUCCAAGACGGCCUAAGUGGGAAAUAGAGGUGCCCAUGCUAAGCAAUAAAUUUGAUCACAGUGUAGCUUCACUAAAGUAAUCGCGGGAACUUAUAUUAAAUUAUCAGAAAGGGUUAUGAGACUAUGUCUAGGGACUAAAGAGCAACAUUUAAAAGCUUCGGUUCAUUAAAAGAAAGGAAGAAAUAUAUCGCGAUUUUGCCAAUGUAUUACUACAGCAACUUGUAUUAGAGUAGAACGGGGUCAAAUAGAUAUGGGGGUACAAUAGGCAUUAUCAUUCCUAUGUUAUUGCAGAGGUCGCUCGUGUUGCGUGAAUUAGAUACACGGUAGAGAACAUCGUUGACGACUGUUAUUUCGGCUGUUAUCGUGGAUCAGCUGUAUUAGUUACGGCGUCGUUUCUGUUUUCGCGUAUUGUUUUUCGAAAACGCAUUGUCUUUCGUCCUCAGUACAGUACAUUUAAUCAAUGUAAAAAAAAAAUCAAGUGAGUUUUUUCUUACGUAAAAAUUAAUGCUGAGCCCGAAUUUUGAGUUUGAGUUGAGUUUGUUUCGAUAUUUUUGUUUUUGAAAUAAAUACGGACAUCAACAUGAAACAUACGCUUGGGGGCACGAUAGGCCAGCCACUUGGGGGCACUAUACGUCACUAUUAUAAUGUAAAUUUGAAUUAUUUUGGCAAGAGAAUUGUGCGCAAUUUCGUGCGAAAAACGAGGAAGAGGACAUAAAGAGUGCCAUUGCAUCUGUUCAAGAUGGCGCAAGUAUUUGAUCAGCAUCUAAACAAUUCAAGGUUCCGUUCGAAGCAUUACCCAUAAAAUAAUUUAGCUGGAUAAUACCUUGAACAGUUCUUGUUCAGCUUGUUUCCUCGGAAUAAAGGCAUAUUCAGCUUUCAUUGUUGGCUGGGUACGUGCUCGUGGGAAAGGAAAGUGCUCAUCAUCAAUGAUAGCGCUUCGGAUAUUUCACAUGAGUGAACAAUAUAAUAAUUUAAGGUGUUGUUGAAGUAGGUCAUCGAAAAAAAAAACUUGAUCGAACAAAGAAGGAAAGGAAUCCUAAGAAAAUACUCCGAAGCGCAAACGUAAUCGUCGCACAACUAAGCAACCACGUGAGCCGCAAUGCACAACUUCAAUUCCACACUCUGGCGAUGACGAUGACAUCAAAGAAGUCAUUCGCAAGUACAAAGCCAGAUGCAGCUGCUGAAGAAACAUGUUUUUUCAACAUUUCCUUCCGCGGUUUCAUGAUGUUUCACAUCAUUUGGCACUUUCUCAUUUUCUUACCUGGACUACGUCAAAGGAUUGCAUUUAUUAUUUGUGUUAUUAUUUUUAAAUAAUCUGCAGUAUUCAUACUCUUCAAAUAAAUGUUGAACCGCUGAUUUUCUAGGCGUGUACAUUGUUUUAGUUAACCUCGAAUAUAGUGACCUAUCGUACCCCCCGUAUUUAACCAGGCAUGAAAUCAUUAUUGCCAAAACGUUGCCAGAUGUAUAACCUUUCCAACGAGUGCUUGUUUAUCCAAGUCUAUGCAAAAAUACUAUCGCACUAGCGCGCCAAAAAAACUGAUCUUCUUGACCCCACUCUACUCAAUGAAUUCAUUAUUUUUCAUUCAGUUGUAAAUCAUAAACAUCAACUAACAGGCGUCCAAUUUAUAUGCUCCCUACCAUACCCGUGAUAUUUAUAAACAACGUUUUUAAACAGCUAUAUCUAUUGGUUUGCGCAAAAUUUGCUCACAAAAACAAUGAAUGCUUAAAGUUGGAAUUAUCAUUUUUCAUUUGAGCAAUAAUUGUUAGUUAAGCUAUUGCAAUCAGCCUGACUCGAUUCCGCUCGAGCAGUGCUGCCAGAGUUAAUGGUGGAAAAUGAAAUUAUAAUAUAUUUUCAUGGUAUUGAAAUUUGAUUGAAACUAUCUUUUCCAUGUAGGGUAGACGAGCCCUUAUUCAUCUCAUUAAUCAGGAUGUCACACUGUUUUGAUUGUAAUUAGGCUUACAGUGAUUGAAUUGCGCAAAAAUAGGUAUCAUCAGCCUUGCUUCGUUUCUAAGAAGCAGUAACAUAAAACAUCUGAUUUGAAAAAUCUAAAAUACUCACGUUUGAGCGGAAUAAAAACUCGAGUACAACGCACCCUUAUUCAUCCUACCAUUUGACCUAAUGCGUUUAACAGAGAUAGCAGACACUGCUUUAACUAAUGUGUUUAAAUAAGUGGGAUGAACACAGGAGCUAAAAUGAAUAAGGGCACAGUAACCCUAGUUGCCCUAUUGUAAACAUUCCACUACAAUUGUAUUAGGCAUUGAAAAGUAAGAAUUGUAAAUCAUCUAAUAUUUUAAAAAUGCGAUGUAAUUUACUUCAAAAAAAAUUGGAAAAGCACCAAAGAAUAAAUCAAUUUGUGCAAUUGAACAUAAUUACUAAUAGCUUUCUUCAAAGUUCGCUGGAGCUCUAACCUAUCUCAAUCUAAUUUUGCUCGAAUUCGGACCUGAUGUAACUGGCAACUCUGCAUACUGCAUGUUCGAGUCUUAUAAUAAUUCUUGCAGUUUAUGUUUUCGUUUUGAUUAAAGACGCUGAAUCCCUCUGGACAAAGACUCGCCAACUCUAUCUUAUUCUUAUUAUUGAUCAGUAAGUGUCAUUCCAAUCGAGCACGACACGGAUUACAUAUACAAGGCUAGCUCGUUAGAGUGUAAACAUUUGACGAGUGGGCGUCAUAGAAAUCGUCGUCGAAAACAAUUAGAUGAAAUUCAUAUAUUUUUUGCUGCUAACGGAUGAUCGGCACUUGGCAGAUCAGAAGGAAGCUAUCCCGAUGUCCAAAAUCUGUGCUGGGAACAGAAAAUUACGGUUAGAUAUGUUUUCUAUUGCUGUAGCCAAAUUCCUGCUUUUCACUAAUAAUCACAUAGAUUCACUGAAUAUCUACUGUGUCUAGUGUAAUUAUGGCGUAAUUUUCACCAAGAAUCCAUUUCACAUUUUUUUAUACAGUAAGUGCUUAAAUAUUGUUAAUUAUCAACUUUCGAGAAAUCCGUUUGUUUAUCUUAACGAUUUCUCUGACGUCACCAAAAAUUGUCAAUUCACGGAAUAGCAAGCCUCGUUUCUGUGAGCCGUGUAGCACGAGACCUGUGAGCCGUGGAGCACGAGACCUGUGCCCUCAAUACGAAGAAAAUCGCUUCGAAUCCUUCGGGAACGAGGGCCAUUGACAAGUCUCGUACUCGAUUGGAAUAACACUGACAGAUCAAUGGUAAACAAACAAUUGACGUGUCGAGUCUUCAUCAAGAGGGAUUCAGUGUCGUUAGUUUUGAAAUUAUUCCUGCAGCUAUACUGCUGGAAAUGAUUUGUUUUGAUAUCAUCAAGCACUGAAACUGUCAAAACGUAGCAAUUCAUUUUUUUCAAAACACAUUUCAAACUAUCUCGGCCAUUCCAAUCCAUUCCGAACUAACCAAUGCCAAUCUUUAUCAAUCCGUUAAGAUUUAUAAAUUAUAAGUUAAUUUUAUAGACAAAUCACGGAGUGUCGUUUCCCUCGGUUAUCAUUACAAAAUAUCAAGAAUAAAGUUUACAAGUCGCAGCUGACGGAUCGAUGCGUGUAACGACCAAAUGACCAGACCGAACCAUCGAGAUGAUAACUUAGACAAUUUUUACAUUACUUUUGCUAGGCUCACCCUAAUUCUAUCUAAUAUUUCACCACCCUGUCACUAACAGAAACGUUAUCAAUUAAUUCACACUGGUGCAUACGACCCACACUCAGAGAAAAAAUAGUUCUAUAAAGAAACAGUAAACAAAAAACUCCCCAACAACCACCGUUUAGCCGUUCUCGGAAUAGUUUUAGUGCACGUGCAGCGAAUGUUUGUAGUUAACAUAUUUGAAUGCAGAGUUUACAUUGACACAGUUACUAACUUUUACGCGACAAGUGUGUAGCAGAGAAAAAAAUAAUAACACAUAUAAAACAAUCUCUUCAUCAUUACAGUUAUCCCACGAAAGAGAUCAAUUCUGGUAACAUUUUCGUUGUUCGGGGCUACAAAACAAGGGUCUAAAUAAACUGUAAAUAAGUGCUAGUGAUAACACAAAGGAAAACUAGUUAACUCUAUAUAGCAAUAAAUCUGUGAGUGUCUAAUACGUCAAUAGUAGAUAACUAGUAAUAGUGAAAGUAGCCAAGUAAAAAACAAUUCCUUCAUUUGGUAAUUUGGAAUAUUUUAUCCCUAUAUCGAUUUCCACUCCAACAAGAGUAUCUAAAAAUCCGUAGAGUAUUCUGAAUUAUCAAACGCUAAACUGAUUUAUUUUCAACGAUCAACCAUUUUUUUCGCAGCGAUUUGCUUUCCGGUUUACCGAGCCCACCUCUUCGGAAAAGUCCUAGCGUGUAAAACGUGGGAUUGAGAACAAUGCAACAAGUUAUUCGCUUCUGUGAAAGCGUCUUAAACCGAUUCCACAAAUCAACAACAUGUGCAUUCAUCAAACUAUGUAACUUUGCAACUGCCACGAACAAUAUUUAAGUUGCCCUAUUUUCCUAUUGUGUUACGUGUUGAGCGUUAUGUUUCCGGUCUUAACUCCUAGUUCACUGUUUGUAGACAUGGAAACGUAAAUUGUAAACAACUAUAAAAAUAGUAAAGCAAUGGUUCGAACAAAACGGCGUAGAAACAUCGGUUUGUACAGAUUAAAAUGACAGAUUAACUAUUUUUAUAAAAUAAAUAGAAAUACUGCUUGAACAAUACUCACUAGACAUUUAUCGAAGAAAAAAAAACUACUUAACAAAGCAGAUCAAGCUAACGUUUGCAUCUUAAUAAACAAAGGAAUUGUACAUUGUAAUUCUAAGCAUAGUUAAUCAAAGUGAUUUUGUUGAGCAAGAUAAACUGCAUAUAUAAGUUGACGCGUAUAGUUUCUUUGAACACCAUAGUCUCUAACUCGAUGUGAAACGAACACGCAAACCAGGCGUGUACAUAAGAGUACAUUAAGUUCUUCUUUUUCCUCUCUCCGUUUUUGAUACUAAUGUCAGGUUUUCCGCUAGAAAAUUCUACACCCAAGCGUGGGUGUUUGUCUGUGUGUGUAUGUGCUGCUACUGCUGCUGCAACUUGUUUGAAGUUUUAAUUUCCAUUGGCAACACAAUUUCGCCUGUCGCAACACUUUUUCCGUUCUCGAAAACUUGACAUUACGCGGAAAACGAGAAAAAAACACAGUUGAAAGUUAACACUAGAAUGAAGAAGGGUUUAGGCGAUAAGGGUAAGGCGCGCUACCGGAAAACGUUCACACAAGGGACGAUUAGGCGCUCUAGUAUGUAGGAACUCUAGGCUAGGCUAAUGGCUCAGGCUAAUACCGGAGGGGGGGAGGGGAGACGUAACGUGCGUGUGUAUAGUAAAUAAGACGAUUAAUAGAGCUAGCAACCAAUUAUUAGCGAGAAAUCUACGAAACACUCUAGAACCGAAAUGGAAGUUGUCUAGUAGAUUGAAGAAGGUAUGGUAAGACGACGAUGUUUUUUCGACAACCUAUACAGUUAUAUAUAUUUAUAAAGGACGGGAACAACAAUGUGUAUUAUAGUGGAAAGAAAAACAAACAGCCUAUCUGAGAAGAAAUUAAAAAUUAUGAGUAUUUAUAUGAAAAGAAAUUGUUAUUAACAAGGUACUAAUAGGCAAUACGCAAUUGUAUAGAAAAGUGAAAUAAAAAAAUGAUAAUAAAUUUGUACAUUACAACAAUCUGUGUUUUU